AUGGGUGAGUGGAAACACAGUCUAUUCGGAUGUUUCGACAACUUUGGGAUUUGUAUUAUUACCUACAUCGCGCCCUGCUACACGUUCGGAAAAAAUGCCGAAGCUGUAGGAGACAGUUGUCUGCUUUGUGGAGCGGCCUGGCUUGUGCCGAUAUUAAAUAUUGUUGCAUGGAUUCAAGUCCGCGGAAAGAUCAGGGAUCUGCAUAAAAUCGACGGAUCGUUGCUUGGUGAUCUAUUGCAGAUCGUUUGCUGUACAGUGUGUGCCUUGGUUCAAGAAGCCCAGGAAGUCCAGAAUGCGCCCAGUUCCGUGGGAAUAGUUCGCGAGUGA